CCAUCAACAAAUUACAAUUACAAAUAUUUUGCCCCCUUCCAUUUCUUAAUUUAUUUUCCUCUUUCCCAUCUUCUUAUUUUCCAACUUUCUUCCAAUGGCCAGUGUUGAGGUUGAAUCUGCACCAGUAGCACCAGUAGAGACUACUCCAGCUGAGGUUGAAGUUACCCCAGCUCCAGAGGUAAACAAGGCGGAGGAACCAGCCCCCGCUGUAGAAAAGGAUGUUGAGGUCGAAUCAGCACCAGCACCAGAAGAGGCUGCUCCUGCUGCGGAGGAAGUAGCAGCCCCUGUAGCUGAAGAGCCUGCGGCUGCAGAACCUGUAGCCGCAGAAUCAGAAGAGCCAGUGGCAGUUGCAGCAGAACCUGUUGCAGCUCCAGUUGAAGAACCUGUGGCUGCAGAAGAACCUGCAGCCGCAGCUGAGGAACCGGUUGCUGCAGCACCCGUUGAGGAGGCUCCAGCACCCGUAGCUGAACCCGAAGCAGCCCCAGUUGCAGAACCCGAAGCAGAGAAAACAGAGGAAUCUGCCCCUGCAUCUGAGGAGCCAGAGAAAGUUGAAGAGUAAAAUUCAAAUGGUUGAUGAAUGAUGGUUUUUUUUUUUUUUUAUAUUGAAAUUUGGUUGUGUUUAUUGUGUUUUUUAGUUGAGUAUUUUAUUUACUGCUACUAUUAUUAUUACUAAAACUAUAUUUUAAUAUAAUAUGGUUACAAUGAGGGCAUAUGUUAAUAUUAAUAUAUGCCUAGGUCUAGGUGGUCGGGUGGGAUAUUUUACAUAGUUUUUUUUUAAAGCUAUGUGUGUAAUCUUGUCCAGGGUUCAGUUUGUCAUGGUUUGAUUAAAGAUGAUAUGAGAUUUGAUCUCUAGUUUAUUAUAAUAAUAAAGGGGUAAUAACUUUUUUUUGUUGUUU